GGACCGAGGUAGCGGGUUCUGAAACACAAUCUUUUCCCCGCUACCUCAUUAUUAUUGGGAGGUAUCAAAAGAAAAAAAAAGAAAGAAAGAUACCGAUGGACCAAUUAACCACAUGAUGCCCGGCUGGAAUCAAUGGGGAAGUUAAUCCCAGCCUUGCAUUUGGCGGGAAGCUGCUUGGCCUUGUUCCAGUCAGCCGUGCCGGGCAAAGUAAUCCACGUCCACAAGCAGCCACAAAGGCGGGCGCUUUCGCCCGUAGCCGACUUCGCCUUCUCCGCCAUGGACUUGAACCCCUUGCAGCAAGAACCGCUUGGUUUAUCGUCCCCGUUGUACAACUACCCCACGCAGUUGAACAUCCUUUCUCAACCUAAUUACAAAAAGUGGAGUCGUUUGUUCCUUCUCUUAGUCCGGCGAUUCAAUCUUCAGGGCUACAUCAACGGCUCCGUUGUCCCCCUCUCUGACGACGACGAUGAAUGGUUCCAACUCGAUGCUCUUCUCCAGGGUUGGAUCCUCUCCACUAUCACCGAUGAAGUCUCAGAUCUGGUCAUCUCCUCUGUCUCCACCGCCUCUGCACUCUGGAAGGUCAUCCACGACUUGUUCCACGACAACAAAUAUUACCUAGCUAUGCAACUGGAGCAUGAAUUCCGUACAACCAUCAAGGGCACAUCUACCAUGGCGACCUAUUGUCAAAAACUUCAGAAUCUUGCCGACAAGAUAGACGAUGUUGAUGUACCAGUCUCUCAACACCAGCUUGUUCUUCAGAUGCUCCGUGGACUCCCUGCAUAUCUUCAGGCCCAAACGUCUUUCAUGCAAUUUCAAGAUCCCAUGCCGACAUUUCUGCAGCGCUGUUGCUGGGUCAACAUCGCUGUCCUAAAACUUUCUGCCAAUGCACUAUCUUUUUGGCUUAGGUUGGACAGCGUUGUAGGGAGGCCGACUCAGUUCAUGAAUGACUCAGCCAACCUACAAGCCAUCCAGGGCUUUGGCCAGGUCAUGGCCAUGUGCCAACAGAGCGGGGGUAUGCCUUUUCUCCUUGGGCCGUCGCGUCCCCCGCAAGGUACGAAUCCGCAGAUCACUCCUGAUGGUCAUUGCGUCUCAAUUGAGAGCGAUGACGGCGAGUGGGACAUUCCGAGGGCCCACAAGAAGAAGAAAGGGAAAAACAUCUGGCCAGCGACCUCCCGAAACUCCGCCUUCGAAAGGCUGGGGGAUAGGGAGGAAGGCCAGAGGAAGUCAGCCAAGCAAAGGCUGGGGCAGAGCGUUGCCUAUGUCAGCGCGUUCGCCCGGCUAGGCGAGGUGCGGGAGGCCGAGCCUGCCCGCACCUGGCGCUCCCGGUCUAACCAGCAGGAUCCAGCGAGGACGAGGGCCUCUCGUCAGGAAGAGGAAGCAGAGAGCCAGCCCAGGUUACCGGUGGCGAACCGGUUGACCAUCCCAAAUGACCGCGUCCAGCAGAUGGAGGCAAAACUAGAGAGGCUGGAGAAGAAGGUCGGAGAGAAGAAUGACCGGGACAAACCCCUGGCAGGGUCCCCGUUCACCACAAGGGUCCAUCUCACACCUUUCCCGCGAAAGGUCAAGAUCGACGCCCCUAGAUUCACCGGGAAGGAAGAUCCGGAAAUCCAUCUGGACUCCUUCAACCAGAGUGCGACCAUAAACGGUUGCACCGACGAAGAAAAGUGCCUUCUUUUCUUCCAGACCUUGCGUAACCGAGUCACUGAAUGGUUCAAUAAGCUUUGCUCGGGAAGCAUUGAUUCGUUCAGUGAUUUGGCCUCAAAAUUCAAGGCCAAGUUCCAGGAGAAUUGUACUAAGAGGAAGAAGUUCACUUAUCUUAGUACAGCCGGGCAGAGGGAGUCUGAGAACCUUACUCAGUUCCUUACCCGGUGGAAGGAAGAGGUGGACAAGGUGGAAGAGAUGGAUGACAAAACCAUCCUAUCCCUCCUCUUGAAUGGCUUGCGUGCUAGGGAACUAUACAAGGAGUUCUGUCGGAAACCCCCAGCCACGUACCAAGAGGCCUACCACACUGCAUGGGAGUUUGCUGAGGCUGAAACCCAGCUCCGGGCAAAGAGAGAAGCUGAGCAUGGUAACAAGCCCAAGCCGGUGCAAGCCAAGAAGGAGGAAGUCCCGGGACCUAGCCGACCAAGGCACCACUAUGACCCGGUUGUCCAUGUGGUCAAUACGGGGGAAUGCCAAGAAGUCCGGAAAGCACCGGUCAUUCUUCCGGAAAACCCUACCGGUCAAACAGGGCGGCAGUGGUCGGGCACCUAUUGUUCGUACCACAGAUCGGAUUCUCAUAACACCUCCGAAUGUAAGAGUGUUAAGGGAGUAAUCCGGCAGAUAAUAGAAAGUGGAGAGCUGGGCAAGGAUUACCUGCAGAAAGCCCAGGAGAAGAGUCAUCAGUGGGUUAAGCCAGCUGCCCCGGGAGAUGACCGGGACAGCGACUGGCGAAGGAAUAUCCGGCCAAGGGAACGGCAACCUGCUCCCGAAAAAGAGCACAUCGGCAUGAUCUUCGGCGGACCUGAGGGUGGAGAUUCAGCCGCGCAGCGGAAGAACUGGGUCCGGAGCAUUUACGAUGGUGAGGUAAGUGCUGAACCGCCCAGGCGUAAACAUACUAGAAGGGAGCCGAUCGUCUUUACCGACCGGGAUCUCCCUCCUACCGGUGAAGAUCACAAUGAUCCAUUGGUCAUCACCAUGGACAUUAAUGGGGUGGAUGUCGCCCGGGUACUUGUUGAUACCGGAAGCAGUGUCAACAUCUUAUACCUGGAGACUUUCCAAAAACUCAGGCUGUGUCGGACACAACUUGAACCCCUCAAAACCCCUCUCUCAGGCUUCACGGGAGACACCGUUGAAGCCGAAGGAUCCAUAGUUCUACCGGUCGAACUAGGAUCGGGUGAAAAAACCGUAUGGAAGAAGAUGCGGUUCAUAGUUGUGGACAUCAAGUGCGUCCACAACGCAAUUCUUGGAAGGCCAGGCAUCAAUAAGAUCGGGGCGGUGAUUUCCAUGCCUCACCUGUGCAUGAAGUUCCACACUCCAGGCGGUGUGAGUGAAGUGAAGGGCGACCAGAGGAACGCCCGGGAGUGCUAUGCCCGGGCAGUCAAGAAGAUGACCAAGGGGGUCAAUGUCAUCUCCCAAGAGAUCACAAAGGGGGAGACCCAGGAGAAAUUGGAGCCCAAGGCCGAGACGGUGGAAAUCGAACUUCACUCGGGUGAUUCUUCGAGGAUGGUCAGAGUUGGAGCAAAUCUCCCUGAAGAUCUCAUGGAAGAGAUUACACAGGUCCUUCAAGAAUACGCGGGCAUAUUCGCAUGGAUCGUGGCGGAUAUGCCCGGAAUAGAUCGCUCUGUUAUCUGCCACCAGUUGGCCGUGAGAGAGGGAAGUCGACUGGUACACCAGAAGAAGCGGUACCUGGCCAGUGACCGGCGAGAUUUCGUCAAGAAGGAAGUGAAAGACCUCCUCAGUGUUGAAAUGACCGGUCUAGCUCCAGACCUAUCGGUCAACAAGCCCAUUGAGCAAUGGUGGGAGAUGGCAGUUGAUGGGGCAUUCGGUCCUAGAGGAUACGGGGGUGGUAUCGUGUUCACCACCCUAGAAGGGUUCAAGAUCUACCAUGCAAUCGUCUUCAACUUCAAGCUGACAAACAAUGAGGCAGAAUAUGAAGCUCUGGCUGGAGGGCUCAGACUUGCCCAAGCCCUGAAAAUCAGCCGGGUCAGUAUCAAAUCUGACUCUAGCCUGAUCGUUGGGCAAGUGACCGGUAACAUGGAGGCAAGGGAAGAACGCAUGGCACAAUACAAGGACCUUGUACUUGCCCUGUUCAAAGGCUUCGAAGAGUUCAAGAUCGCCCAAAUUCCCCAGGCAGAAAACGCGGAUGCAGACCUUCUCUCCAAAUUGACGCAGUAUGCUCCCGAGCAUGUUUCAAAACUUGCCCGGGUAGAGAUCCUUGACCGUGCAAACAUCGAAAAAUUGGAAGUAGCCGCUAUAACGGCCGGAAGCCAAUCUGACCGGUCAAACUUGGUCGGGGCGGACGACCAUUGGAUGUAUGAUCUGAUGGAAUAUUUGAUGGAUGGGAGCUUGCCAGAACAAGAUGACCGGGCAAGAAAAGUGAAGCUCAGGGCACCCCGAUUCCAGGUUCUUGAUGGAAAACUGUAUAAAAGGGCAUUUGGGGGGCCACUCCUGAGAUGUCUAACCAACCGGGAGGCUAAGCGAGUCAUAGUAGAGGUACACGAAGGCGUAUGCGCGGCGCAUCAAAUGUCUCCAAGGCUGCCCAUCGAAGCUGAAUUCCCAACGUUCCGUGAAUCAAAUUAUCAACCCCAACAAAAUGAAGAAGACCACUUGGCCGAGCUCAACUUGGUCGAAGAACGAAGAAUGGCCGCGGAGGUUAAAAUGAGUACAUACCAACAAGUUGUGAAGAAGUACCAUGACAACAAGGUUGGGCCGCGGUACUUCCAAGUUGGAGAUGAAGUCCUACGAAGAAGAGAAGCAAGUAGACCCGACGAUGGAGGAAAGCUGGCAAAAAACUGGGAAGGCCCAUACAGGCUCUCAAGUUCAACUUGUGCAGAGUGGGACAAAAUUACCCUUCUGCAAUUCAAGGACAGCAUAGUGAAGGACACCACUAAUCAGUUAGCUUCAUGGAAGAAUUCCACAGAUUGCUGCGGGGGAGGCUGGGAUGGGAUUCAAUGCAACAAGACGAGCGGGCGAGUCACCCGGCUGGCCCUGCAGAAUGUGGAGGGUGCCCUUUACAUGAAGGGCACCCUGUCCCCAAAACUAGUGCAGUUGGAGUCCUUGGAGAUACUGGUCAUAACCGGGAUGCACCGCAUUGAAGGGGAAGUCCCAUGGGCCAUCUUUCCCAAUCUUGCCCAUCUGCAGCAGCUUGUCUUGGAUGAUAAUGCUCUUCAGGGUACCAUCCCUACAAAUUUAGGGCACUUGCCUUCUCUGCAGGUCCUGUCCCUGAAGGGUAACCGUUUGUCCGGGCAGGUUCCGCCUGCCCUGGGUAACCUGAGAACCCUUCAGCAGCUCAUCCUGGCCUCAAAUUCUUUCUCAGGGCCUCUCCCAAUUGCCCCAAGGAAUUUCCCCUCUUUACAGUUCAUUGAUCUGAGCCACAAUCUGUUUUCAGGGCCAAUCCCGGACUUUCUCGGUCAGCUUCGGAACCUAACAUACAUUGAUCUCUCCAACAAUCAUCUCUCCGGGCAGCUGCCCGUUUCCUUGAAGAAUCUGAAACAGGUUACAUUCCUGUCAUUCGAGCACAACCGGAUAACGGGCGGGAUCCCGUCGGAGAUUGGGAACAUGACCUCCCUCGAGACGCUCUCCUUGGGCUCCAACGGACUGACCGGACGAAUCCCGGAUUCGAUUGCAAACCUACCAGGCCUGUGGAACCUCAGUUUGCCAAAGAACAACCUUUCCAACCCUUUGCCAGUUUCUUUCUCCCAAGGUCUGAUAUCCAUAGACCUGUCCUACAACAACUUCACUCUGGGGAGGAGUGUCCCAGAGUGGGUCACAAACAGGAGACUCUUUACUGUGAGCCUAGCAGGCUGUAAGCUGGAGGGCACCCUUCCAAAAUUCACAAACCCUGGCUUCCUGACCUCCAUUGACCUAUCAGACAAUGCCCUCACAGGCGAAGGGCUGUCCUCGUUCUUCGCAAACAUGUCCACCCUCCAGAAGGCCAAGAUCUCCAGCAACCGGCUGAGCGAAGACAUUAGCAAGAUCAAGAUCCCAGAAACCCUUUCUUUCCUCGAUCUCCACGCGAACGACCUGCAAGGAACAAUGUCAGGGCUACUCAACAACCAAACCAGCACAUUCUUGGAAACCAUAGACCUCUCCACGAAUCACAUUUCUGGGGGGAUCCCAGAGUUUGUCUUCACCCCUGGGUUGGGCCUGAAGGUGCUCAACGCCGCGAACAACAACAUCACCGGGUCAAUCCCAGACACGAUUUCGAACUUGGAGGGCUUGGUUAGGCUGGACCUGAGGAGGAACGGCGUGUCUGGCGCGAUCCCUGAAGGGCUGGGGAAGCUGGGGAAGCUGGAGUGGCUGGACCUGUCCAUCAAUGGGCUCACUGGGAGGAUCCCUGAGAGCCUGCUUGGGAUCAAGAGGCUGAGCCACGCGAAUUUCAGGGCGAACAGACUGUGUGGGCAGAUCCCACAGGGGAAGCCGUUUGACAUUUUCCCACCUGCAGCUUAUGCUCACAACUUGUGUCUGUGUGGGAAGCCAUUGCCAGCUUGUAAAAACAACAAGACCACAGGCCAGUGAAAGAAGAGCUGACUGAAUCACCCCACACCAAAAAGUUUUGGUUUUCAAUGUUGAAAUGGGCAACAGAGUACACAGCAGCCCUGAGGAAAACCCUUUUUUUUUUCUCUAAUUACUUGUACACCUUUGUAUCCCACAUUAUACUGUAUCUUUCUUUGUUUGGUAUCAAUGUAGAAAUUUCUUUUACAUGAAAUAUCAGUUAUUAUUUGAUAUAUUUCGGUGCAGGAUGGAAACUUGUCAACACUAUGAUCUCUUCGUUGCAAUGUUUUUCCAAUAUAGUGUUGAUGAUGGU